UAGGAUAUUGUGAGGGUGGAACUAACCCAAAACAACCAGUAACCUACAUACUAGUUAUGCACCAUAGUCUAUAUGCCUCAUAAAGGGGGCCGACAGACCAUCCAUCAUCUACUGAAGAGGAGGAGGAGGAGGAGGAGGAAACAGAAGAAAGACAAUUAAAUCAAGGAAGAGUAGAGGGUUGAAAAGAGAAAGAAAACAGACGAAAAUAUAGAAUAGAGACAGGAAAGAGAGAAAGAGAUCAAAUCCACUAUCGGACAAGAAAAGAUGGCUUAUUUGUUGUUUGCCCUCUUCUUGCUGUUGGCCACCGGGUCUCAUGUGCAACCUGUCCAUGGAGGUUUGAGGGCAGAGAGACUGGAAGAAAGCACCACAGAAGUGAUCAGUCACUCGCAGGGGCUGGUGGCACGGCUGGAGGGCCUUCUAGUGCUGGGGAAUAACAGUGACAUUUCCCUACGUGUGGAAACGGUGAAUGCGGAUGAGGUCAAGGUGAUCCAAGCCCACACGCUGGUGCUUUCGCUGCAGAGUCGAGUGUUUGAAGAGAUGCUGAGAAACCGAAAUAGUAGCACGCUAGUGCUGCGAGAAACGGCAGAAUGCACUGCUGUGUUCGAUAAAUUCAUCAGAUAUCUGUAUUGCGGUGAACUCUCGUUGCAGUUGGACCAGGCCACACCACUGCACAGACUGGCUACCAAGUACGGCAUCUCCAGCCUCCAGCAAGGACUGACCCAGUACAUGAGCCAGAACCUGGCCAGCGAUUCUCAGGGCGGUCACGUGGUGGGUUGGUACCAGUACGCCAUGACGGUGGGCGACCCGGCUCUGAGAGACAGCUGCCUUCAGUUUUUGUCCUGGAAUCUGUCAUCGGUUCUUCAGAGUGCAGAAUGGCCCUCGGUUAGUGUUGAACUGCUAAUGACCUUCCUGCAGCGCUCUGAUUUAGUAUUGACGAACGAGCUGGAGCUGUUUGAGGCGCUUGAAAUCUGGAUCACCAAGAAUGACCCGGAUAGCCUUACAGCAGAGAACGCCCUUCGCCUGGUGCGUUACGCCAUGAUCCCUCCUCGCGAGCUGUUUCGCCUGCAGCGACAGUCGCCGGUCAUGACGCGCUACCACGAGUCGGUGCGUGAUCUUCUCUAUCUGUCCUACCAGUUCCACUCAGCUUCACCCCUUCAGCUGGCCAAGUUCUUCGACAUGAACUGCAGCCUCUUCGUGCCCCGUAACUACCUCUCGUCCAUGUGGGGCUCUCAGUGGGCCAUAAGCAACCCGGCACGGGACGACCGCAGCUCCAGUUUCCAGACCCAGUUGGGUCCGAGCGGAUUUGACUCCAGUAAGCGGGUGACGUGGAACGCCCUGUUCUCGCCCCGCUGGCUCCCUCUCAGCAUGCGGCCCAUGUACACCGAGCAGGGCGCCAUGCAGCCACCGCGGCCCGACGGAGGAAGUGGAAUCGCCCGGCCUCGUAUCAUCAUCACACCUGCUACUUCCAGCGCAGAUUUUGCAGGUGUAAGCUUUCAAAAGACUGUGCUCAUCUUUACGAAGCAGAAGGGCAAGCUUGUGGUGAGGCAUAUCUUCGGUUUCCACCAAAGCACAGAGGAGGUGGGGGACUUCCUGGCUGACGUGGACCUGCAGUAUAAAACAUCCGAGUACCUGGUGGAUGGAUCCCUGUACCUGCACAUCAUUGUAAAGCCUAUUUACCAGACUCUCAUAGCAACUAAGAACUAAUGUGACAGGCACAUUGGAGUAGGAUACACAUGCAUGAUUUAGAAGGUCUAUACUUUUUUGAUGUUGGGAAGAAAACGUUUAGUGUCUCUA